GGCGACAGUGUCCUAAACAACACAGUGGCGCGGGGACGCGGAGCGGCGGCCGGACGGACACACCACCACCCCACGCACGGCACGGCACGCCACGCACCGGGCCAGGCCAGCUAGCGGCUAUAUCUGAAGGAGCAGCGGGCGGCGGCGGGGGCUACGUGGCCAGUCCCAGGGGCAGCGAGGACCUGUGGGGGCUGGGCGGCGGGGAGCGCGGCGCCCCCUGUGGCACCCCCGAGUGUUGCCUGGCGGAGGGGCGGCGCGUGCAGGCCCGGCGGGGGCAUGACGGCGCGCGGGGCGGCUCUCUAGGUGUGUGCAGCGCCGAGGAAGUGAAGCAGCAUCGCCGGGAUGUCGGUCACUCCAGGAAACAAGGUGAUCUUGCCUAAGCGCAAGCGGCCAGAGGGGGAGGAAGGCGGCAGCGGCGGCAUGUCCACCCCACUGGCUGAGGGCAGACCCAAGAGGCGGAGGAACGACACAACGCUGGUGGACACAAUUCAGUACAUUUUUGACGCUCUGAGGAACAAGAAGAAAGAUGAGGACUUGUACCUGUGCGAGCCCUUCCUGCGGGUGCCUCGGAAGAAGACAGAGCCCCAGUACUACGACAUGAUCAAGUCCCCCAUCGACAUGCUCAAGAUACAGCAGAAGAUCAAGACUGACGUGUACAAUGAGCUGGAGGAGUUUUGCAAGGACGUACAGCUCCUGGUGGACAAUGCCAAGCUUUAUUAUGCCAAGUCCACAGAGGAGUACAAGGACGCCUGUGAGCUCUGGGAGAUCUUCUUGGCGGCGAAGGAGCGCGCCCCCGAGGAGAUCAACAAGGAGAAGCUUCGGCAGCAGCAGAUGGAGGAGGAGGAGCGGCAGGGCAAGAGGGUCAGCACAAUGGGAAUGUUUGCCAGGUACCACACACCAUUCCACUCGCAGAGGAGCCGUGGCAUGCCCAAGACCGCCCUGGCUAUGUCUGCGCCCAUGAUCCUAGAGGAGGACACGGAGCCCAUGACCAUGGAGGACGCAGUUGAGGAGCUGUUUGGGGCCGUCAUCACUGCCAUGGACAAUGAAGGGCGCAUCUACUCCUACGACUUCAGGCUCCUGCCAUCCAAGAACAAAUACCCGGAAUACUACCAGCUGAUUGAGCACCCCAUCGACCUGAAGAUGGUGGCCCAACGAAUCCAGGCCAAGCAGUACAAGACUGUCGAUGACCUUGAGGAUGACUUUGCUCUGCUCUUCAACAAUGCCUGUUCCUUCAACGAGCCUGGUUCACGGAUCUUCAAGGAUGCCCGCACCCUCAAGAAACUAGUGCAGCUGCGCAAAAAUGACCUCUUACAGAUUCUCAAUGCCAAGAAGACUGUGCGUCUCAGGAGCAAGAGGAGUACCUCCAACAAACCCUGGUCAGUACUUGUGGCUGAACUGGAGGACGGCGUUGAGCUGCCCCUGCCAGAGGAGGAUGGUGUGGGUGGGGGCACAGAGAUGCCUCUGGGUACUCCCCACGAGGACGAGGAAAGUGACGAGGAUGUGGACCCUGACAACCCACAGUGGCAGCUCUUCCUGGCCGCCAAGAACCUCACGGCUCCCAGCGAUCCGAAUUACCAGUUGGUGGAGCCCUUCAAGCGGCUGCCCAACAGACGCUGGCAUGCCGACUACUACGUUGAGAUCAAGAAUCCGAUAUCCAUGUCUCAGAUACGCAAGAAGAUUGUGAAAGGGGAUUACCGCUACAUCCCAGACAUGAUGGAAGACUUCAACCUCAUGUUCGACAACGCUCAGCAGUACAACCGGCCGGACUCCAGGAUCUACCGGGAUGCCGUCAAACUCCAGAAAUACAUCCAGAACAAGGCUGAGGAGAUCAUGGCCAUUGAGGAUGAGGACUCCGACAGCGACAGCGACGAUGAUGACUCCCACUCCCAGUCUGUCUCACGCGGGCAGCGGCGGCUGGCACGACCCCAGCGUCCACUCACCUUCAAGCGGCGCGCCAAGAUCCUGUUCAAGACGCUGAUGGACUACAUGACGGAGGACGGCCGCCAGCCCAUCGUGGCAUUCAUCGAGAAGCCCAACAGGAGGGACUACCCAGACUAUUAUGAGGUGAUUACUCAGCCAAUAGACAUGGAGACUAUUGAGAGUAAGAUCAAGGGGGAGCGCUACAACACGGAGGAGGAGCUCAUCUCGGACUUCAAGCUCAUGUUCCACAACUGCCAGCGCUACAAUGAGGAGGGCUCGGUCAUCCACACUGACGCCACCACACUGGAACGGGUGUUAAAUGAAAAGAUUCGUGAGCUAAACCAAGGAGACAACAGCCUGAUCAAAGCCAAGCUGCUCAAGAAGCCCACCAGGUUCCCCGUGUACGCCUGCAGCGCCAAGCACGUCAAGAGCCUGUACAGCGCGGUGAGGGACUUCAGGGACAGCGAGGGGCGACAGCUGUCCGAGGUGUUCAUGAAGCUGCCCUCCAAGGCUCUCUACCCUGACUACUAUGAGGUCAUCAAGCAGCCCAUCGACCUGGAGAAGGUGCUGCAGAAGUGGAGGAACAACGCCUACCCCAGCCUGGAUGACAUCAUGGCGGACCUCACCCUCAUGUUCCAGAAUGCUUGCCGCUACAACGAGCCCGACUCACAGAUCUACCGCGACGCCCUCACCCUCCAGCGCCAUGCUCUCGAGAAGCGUCUGGAGCUAUGCAGCCUGGACGAGGGCAUCCCCAACGUGGCGGCGCUGGUGCAGGAGCUCUUCAUGUCCCUGUUCAUCAGUGUGUACAACCAUGAGGAGGAGGACGGGAGGUACACUGCCGAGAGCUUCUGUGAGCUGCCCGACUAUGAUGAGGUGGAUGGGAAGAAGAUGCGAGCUCUCUCCUACGACAUCAUGAAGAGGCGGCUGGACAAGGGCCUGUACACGCGCCUCGACCACUUCCAGGAGGACAUAUUCUCCGUGUUUGAGCGUGCACGGCGCUGCUCCAAGCUGGACUCCCGCACCUACCUCGACGCCAUCACCCUGCAGACUGAAUACAUGAAGAUCAGGGAUGAGCUCUGCAACCAUGGCCAAAUCCUCAAGUCAAAGGCACUGGAGUUCACUGAGGUGGGUCUGAACGCCCAGCUGGAGAGCGGCCGCAGCCAUCGCCAGCAGGAGUCGGAGCAGGAGGCGGAGGAUGAAGACUCGAAGCCUCCACCGCAGCCCACGGACGGCACAAACAACAGCAGCCUGAGCCACAACGAAGUGCAGUACUUUGUAGGGGACUUUGUCUACCUCUCCCCGCCCGACAAGAACUGUGAGUACCCCAUCCUGCACAUUGAGCGCCUCUGGACCAACAGUGAGGGCCGGCAGAUGGUCUAUGGCUGCAACUACUAUCGCCCUGCCGAGACCUUCCACCAGCCCAACCGCAAGUUCUUUGAGCAGGAGGUGUUCAAGACGGAUCAGCACCACGCCUACCCACUCACUGAGGUAAUUGGGAAGUGUUAUGUGCUGCCCCUUGUGGACUAUGUCAAGACGACACCGGAGAAUGUGGAUGAGAAGGACGUCUUUGUGUGUGAGUCGCGCUACAACAGCAGGAACAGGUUCUUCAAGAAAAUCAAGUCCUUCCCAUUCAAUGUUGGGGAGCGCGUGAAGCUGGUAGAGCGGCUGGAGCCCCUGGAGAUGAAGCGUGUCGACUCCAUCUUCAAAGAGAGGAUAGAGCGCCAUAAGGAGGAGCUGGCCGAGCUGGAGGAAGAGACCAAGGUCAUUCGUCGCCCUCUGCCGAAUGUAGCCAAGGCCCAGGGGGACGGGACAUCAGGCAACACCUACUACGAGCAGUACAACAUUGCCUCUGGUCCUGUCAAGGUUGGGGAUUAUGUCUACGUCAAGGGCCGUGAGGCUGGCAAGAAGUCCAUAAGGCAGAUCUGUCAGCUGUGGGUCACUCCUGAGGGGACAGCUCACUUCCACGGCACAAUGUUUAAGUACGCCUCACAGACCAAUCCAAGUGGGGACCAGUUGUCGUACCGCCAGGAAGUGUACCUCACCGCCGGGAUGGAGACCCUCCCUGUGUCAGACAUCACUGGUCGCUGCAUGGUGAUGGACAUGAAGGACUACUGCUCCUUCCGCCUCACGGAGAUCUGCGAGAGUGACGUGUAUGUGUGUGAGAGCUUCCUGGACGAGAUGAACCAGCGUGUGAGUCCCCUCCAGAGUGGCCUUCGCAAGUACAAGCUUUCCAACCUGGUGAACCCUGAUGAGGUCUACUACUUCAAGAAACCCAUCAACAUCAACAAGUCUGACCCAUCAGUGACUGCAGUAAAGAAGCAGCCACUCCCCUACGAGGCUGUGAGGAGUGUGGUGUUGCAGGAGUCCUCCCCCCUGACCCCCCGCAUGGACCUUGACUAUGAUGACUCCAUGGAUGGGCCGCCCCCCUCCGUGGCCUCGGUGGACUCGGGCGUCAUCACUGGCACUCCCAAGGUCAUCAAGAAGACCCCCACUGGAAAGCAGUUCCAGCAGGUGACCGGGAAGAAGCAGGUGACUGGCUACAUCCUCUUCGCAGCCGAGAUCCGGAAGAGCAUCACCCUCAAGAACCCCACGGCCAACUUCGGUGAGGUGUCCCGUCUGGUGGGCAUCGAGUGGAAGCGGCUGACCGAGACUGAUCGCAAAAUAUAUGAGGAUCGAGCCCACCAGAUGAACCUUGAGAAUGCGGAACGUGCCCUGAGUGGGAACGGACCAGACUCGCCUCAGGCCUCUCAGGCGUCCCAGCUCCCCUCGUCAGCGGACCUGCCACUACCCAACAACCCGGACGUGGUGUUUGAGUGCAUGUGGGAGAGCUGCGACCACAUGUUUGAGGACCUGGCGGACCUCAGCGAUCACCUGCUGCUCGAGGCCACCGGGCACGUCUUCAAGGUUACUCAAGUAUUUGAGUGUGGGUGGCGCGGCUGCUCCCGGCACAAGAAGAGCUCCUUGGCACCCUUCCCUGUGGUGCAGCGACUGGCAAAGCAUGUCAGAGAGAUCCACAUUCUCAAGAACACCGGCCGCAUCAUCCAGCACCACGACAGGUCCAGGAACUUUAUGGCCUCCACACGGCAGUCACUCCUGUCCCUGCAGUCCACCGCCACCACCUCCAGCAGCACAUACACCUCCACCUCUGGCCUGAUUCAUGGCAUCCCGGGCCGAGGGAUCACCUUGCCCUCAGGGGUGGUGGUGAACUACCCUGGCAUAUCCAGCACUGGCCAGUUGACUCAUCAUGCUCAGACAGCUACAGGAGGUGUGAAUGGCAGCUCAGUGACUACAAGAUCAUAUGAGCCUAUGUUUGUGGCUCCUCCUCCCAAGACCCAGAGGCUGCUCCACUCCGAGGCCUACAUCAAGUACAUUGAGAAUUUGGACAAGCCAUUCAUCAGCAACUGGGAGAAGCAUUUGAUGGCCACUCAAGAAAACACUGGCAGCAUCAAUGACUCAGGCCGCCUGCCAGUCCAGUGGCUGGCCAGUGGCGCAGGUAGUCAUGGUACUGUGGUCAAUGCUCUCUGGGCCCUUCGCGAGUACAUGAUGAAGGACUCUUUAGGUAUAGCAAAGAUUUUGUGACCCGAUACGAGAUCUGGAGACACCAAGAAGGAAGAAGUAAGUAAACCUGUAAAUUCAGGCCAGUCAACCACCAUCACUCUUCUUCCAGCUGGCUUCUCCUUUUCUGUGUCAACAUCUGUUAGUGAGCUGGGCUGAGGCUAACUGCUGGUUUACCGAGUGGUUGGCAUUGGUCCAUUCUGCUGCAGUGUAGCUGCUUACCUUACGUAUAGGUGAGAUUUAUGGGCAUUUGCAAAGUUUUAUUUGUUUUGUUUUAAAGUAAGUGUAGAAUGUAGUGUAGCACACAUGUUGUCAGCAUACCAGUGAUCAGGUGCCAUAGGCCUCAUUUUGUUUACACUUUUGUUAAGAUUAACUGGGCAUUAAAAAGAAUAUAUAUAUAUAUUCUCACAAGCCAAUGCAUAUUUGAAAGAGGACUUACAGGUAGAGAAUCAGAGUAUAUUGUACAGUCUAUAGUCUGAGUAUUGUUUACCAAUAUGAGAACCAUUAUUGAUUGAAGCAUUUUAUAUUUCAUGGUAGACUACAAAGACAGUUUAGAGUUAGUAACAUAAUUCCCUACUUUAAGCUGUAACUGGAUAUAUAAUAUCAUUAGUUUAAAAGAGCAGCUUAGCUUAAUUUUAGUAUGAGGAAUAUUUUCACCCAUUUUAAAGCAAUGUCUUUUGUAGAAUCAUCAAAAUUACUUUGGUACAAAACUAUUUAUGUAAGCAGUUUAUGAAUCUCUGUUAGACAAGCAGUGUGCCUUGUGACUGUUGACUGCAGGUGUGACCACUUCACCAGCCCGGCAGACCAAUCACACACCAUCAUCAAGCUCCCCCCGUCAUGAGGUGAGGCCAAGCUGCUGUGGGUGAUAGGAAUCUCUGAUCCCCCUAGUGAUGUGACCUUGCCUUCACGGCCAAACAAGAUGCACUUCUUCAUUACAUUAUGACCUGCCCAUCAAUAUUCAGCUCAAUUUUAAGUCAACCACAACCACCUCCAUGUGUUUCAUAGGUUUCCUCAUAGAAUGCAUCAUGUUAGCACGAAUAAUUAUAAAACACAGUUUGUAUUAUGUAUAUAGUCUCAAAAUAGUAAUUUUGAGUUGUAGCCAGUGUUCUGCACUAUAAUGCAUUUCAUUGAGUAUUGCUUCCAGGCUGUUUGGCUAAGGAAGGCAGCAAGGUGUUUCAUGAAAUUCCCAACCUAAAGGUACAAAUGUAGUUUAAGAGCUGGCAAGCUCAGUUUUGUUUUACCCAACUUGAAGUAAAUAGGUGGAACUUGUAGUGUGGCCUCACACUUACUCUUAUUUUAUAGGUAUUAGAAAUUGGUAGAUUAAUAUUUUUUAUUAAAUUGAUUUAAAGUGUCUUUCUACUGUGUAUGGUAAGAAUUGUCUGAAGUACAACAGACUAAAUGUGCAAUUUCACGAAAAGGAAAGGUUUUGUGGCAAACUAUGUUAGUGUUAGAUUUAUACACAGUUUUAUUAAUAAACAUAACAAAACAUACA